CGUCUGCAGCCGUUGCGCGUUGUGCGAUGCAUUCUAAAUGUGUCUAUGUAGGCGCCCAUAUGCGCCUAUAAACAAAUUGGAUGGACUUCUCUGCCUCGUUUCUGCCCGACGCCGCAGCCCUCAUAGCCACUGGUUGCCUGUCUUGCAUCGAUAUCGAUUCGCCUCCGCUCUCCUUCGUCCUUCGCCCUUCGCGUCUUCCGUCCUUCGUUCGCGAAGAUCAGCGCAACCAAAACGCAACUGGCGGCUGGUCCUGCUUGUUGUUCUUUCCGUCACCUGUCCACGCUCGCAUUCGGCAUAUCUGUUUGAGGUUUAUUGCUGUCAAACAGACACCAUGUGCAAUCUCAUCCUUCCUGUGCGAGUCUGCAUCAAGUGCAGCCGCAAAGACGCGAUAUUCUCUGAACGCCUCUUCCGGGAGAAGGAUAAGGAGUGGGGGUGGAGAGCAUCUCGAGAGGUUGAUAAUGACACGUUAUCGUUGGAACUUGAACAGGACUGCUACUCCCGGUGGUGCGUCUACAGCUCAGACCACCCCGACUACUGCAUGUGCUGCUCCUUGACAUGCAAGCAGUGGAGAGGAAAGAUCAGAGAGCUGCACGGCGGGUCCUCAUCCUACGUCUGCUCUGUGUGCACAGACCCACCAGAAGCCGACAUCCAGACACCCGAGCCCGAACCCCCAUUCCCUAAACGCAAAGCCAGCCAAUUCCAGGGGUUCAGCAUCCACGACGCCGUCUCGUGCGCCUUCCUGCACACUAUUGCAUACUCCAAGGCUACCAUGGGCCUGAAACGCCACUCUUACGCUGCAUAACUCCACGACCCCCCAUUCCAUACGGACGGACCAUC